CUGGCGUUAUAAAUAUCCCAGUGCCAGCGCCGAGAUCCGUUCGGGUGGCCUCUCUCUCUCUCUCUCUCUCCCCCCCUCUCCCUCUCUCUCUCUCUCUUCCCCGAGGCUAUGUCCACCCGGUGCGGCGAGGCGGGCAGCACCAGAGGCACGCAGCCGCGCGGGGGCUCCGGAGCCCAGAACCAGCCCUGCAAGAUGCACUUAGGACCCCCGCGGCUGGAAGCAUGAGCUUGUCCUUCCUCCUCCUCCUCUUCCUCAGCCACCUGAUCCUCAGCGCCUGGGCUCAAGGGGAGGAGCGCCUCGCACCCAAAGGGCAGCCCGGACCGGCUGCCACCGAGAGGAACCCGGGAGGCGCCAGCAGCCGCCGGAGCAGCAGCAGCACCGCGUCUUCCUCUUCUUCCCCCGCCGCCUCGUCCUCCGCGGCUUCUCGGGGCGGCCCAGCAAGCGGCUUGGAGCAGAGCAGCUUCCAGUGGAGCCCCUCGGGGCGCCGGACCGGCAGCCUCUACUGCAGGGUGGGCAUCGGUUUCCAUCUGCAGAUCUACCCGGAUGGCAAAGUCAAUGGCUCCCACGAAGCCAAUAUGUUAAGUAUUUUGGAAAUAUUUGCUGUGUCUCAGGGGAUUGUAGGAAUACGAGGAGUUUUCAGCAACAAAUUUUUAGCGAUGUCAAAAAAAGGAAAACUCCAUGCAAGUGCCAAAUUUACAGAUGACUGCAAGUUCAGGGAGCGAUUUCAAGAAAACAGCUAUAAUACCUAUGCCUCUGCGAUACACAGAACUGAAAAGACGGGGCGGGAGUGGUACGUGGCCCUGAACAAGCGGGGGAAGGCUAAACGGGGCUGCAGCCCCCGGGUUAAACCUCAGCACAUCUCUACCCACUUUCUGCCAAGAUUCAAGCAAUCGGAGCAGCCGGAACUUUCUUUCACAGUUACUGUUCCCGAGAAGAAAAAACCACCUAAUCCCGUCAAGCCAAAGGUUCCCCUUUCUGCACCUCGGAGAAGUCCUAACACGGUGAAAUACAGACUCAAGUUUCGCUUUGGUUAAGACUUACUUUGGUUUUGUGAGAAACCAUGGAGUCUCCUCAGGAGUUUCUGUAGGUGUCUUUGGUACUCUGAAGACAACUUCUUGGACACAGCUUCAGCUAUAUACUACACUGUAUUGAAGUCAGGUCAUUUGUUUCAGCUUGACUGAAACAAAAAUGUUUUCUGAUAGUAACUGAACUGGAAUUCUUUGUACCAAUAUAGGGAGUUCACGAGACGACAUAAAGCCUUUUGCUUUAUGCUUGGUGCAUACAGGGAUUCUUUUUCAGAAAGUUCAACAGUGAGGACUAUGUAUUUUUCAGACUUUUACAGAUCAACCUGAAGAAAACAUACAUGAUACAUUUUUAUUUUUGGUUUCCAAAGAAUAUUUUGAUGGAGAUAAAAGUAUUUUAUUAACUUUUGGUUUUUGUUUUUUUUAAAAAGUACCUCUGCAUUGAGCAUAUUUUCUUACUUUUAUUAUUUUUAAUUGAUAAGACAUAAAACAACCAUUUUAAUGCAGUUUAUUAAUU